CAGCUCGCCAUAGGCCGGCCCCACAUCUUCCUCCGCUUCCGCUGGAAAAGGGUCGAAGUGCGACGCGAGCGGGACUAGGGUUUACACUCUUCUCCGAUCCGAAUCAAAGAAGCCCUCUCCUCCGCUGCGGACGAAGUGCGACGUGGGCGGAGACACCUCUCCCACGGUCUCCAUUCUCCAUCGCCGCUGUUCCUAUCUCCCGGCCGUGCUCAAGCUGAAUUUGUUCGAUGGAGGACCUACCGGAGGCUCUGGUGACAGAGAUUCUCAAGAGGAUCACCAGGACAAGUGAUCUGAAUUCUCUUUCCCUUGUGUCAAAGCAGCUCUACAAGUUAGAGGGGAAUCAAAGGGGUGCUAUCCGUGUUGGUUCCGGUCUUUGCACCGCUACAGAAGCAUUGACAUCAUUGUGCGCCAGGUUCACAAAUUUGCAGAAAUUGGAAAUCGAUUACUCUGGUUGGAUACCUGAACAUGGAAAUCAGUUGGACAACAAAGGCCUUUUUGUAUUUUCAUCUCAGUGUUCCUCGCUGAUUGACCUCACCUUAAGCUUCUGCUCACACAUCGAUGACUCUGGGCUUGGUUGUUUAGCGCAUUGCAAGAAAUUGGUGUCUCUCAGGCUGAACUCCACACCACAAAUAACUUCGGUUGGGCUUUUCUCAGUUGCAGUUGGUUGCAUAAGUCUAUCUGCUCUCCACCUUAUUGACUGCGAGAAAAUCGACAGUGUAGAGUGGCUGGAAUACCUUGGUAGGGAUGGAUCGUUGGAAGAGCUUGUAGUGAAGAAUUGCAAAGGAAUCAAUCAUCAUGACUUCCUAAAGUUUGGUUCAGGAUGGAUGAAGCUCCAGAAGUUUGAGUUUGAGAGGAAAAGAGACAUAUAUGAUUUUUCUUUAGGUUGUGAGUACUAUGAUCCAUCGUACAAUGCUCACAGCAUGGAUAUAUAUGAUUUCUGCUGUGAGAGUUUGAAGAAUUUAAGGUUGGCACAUAUUAAAACCUGGCCAGAAAUAGGACUUUGUGUUGUCCUAGGGAAGUGUAAAGCACUGGAGAACCUUUGGCUUGAGUAUGUUCGUGCUCUAAAUGACAAUGACAUGAUUGCAUUAUCCCGGAGCUGCAGCAACCUUAAAAGCAUCUCACUUUGGCUCAACCUGCAGCGCCAUUGUAGCGAAGACGGCUAUUGUGAAACCAGGACGUCAUUUACUGAUAACAGCCUUUAUGCUCUAGCCCUCAACUGUCCUAUGCUGCAGAUCAUAGACCUCCGAUUUACAGGAUGUUCCCGUGACUGGCCAUCAGAAAUAGGAUUCACACAGGAGGGUUUUCUGGCACUCAUUCGGUCCUGCCCAAUUCGUGUUCUCGUGCUAAACACCGCCAACUUCUUUGAUGACAAGGGGAUGAAGGCCCUCUCAUCCUCACCACAUUUGGAGACACUCGAGCUUAUAUUGUGUCAUUGGGUAACUGAUGCUGGGAUGCGAUUCAUUGCCCACACCCCAUGCUUGAGUAAUCUCACACUUCGGGCGUGUCAUAAAGUUACUGAUGUUGGAGUGGGUGAACUAGGACGUGCACAUAAGUUAGAGUCUUUGGUCAUUGAGCAUUGUGGUAGGGUCUCUCUGCAAGCUGCACAGGGUGUUACCAAGUCAGUUCACUACUCCAGUGAGUGUUCAGAAGCCCUUAUGAAGAAAAUUGGUUUGAUUGACGAAUAUUGAUGAAGUGGUCUCCUAAAUUUUCAGUAUAAAUUUGCUAGUGAAGUCAUUAAGCUUUUGACUCUGCAGCAUUGGACAAGGCUGUGCAUCAUCCGACCCAGAGUCACUUGUCUGAACUUUUUGUUGCCUUCUACCUUUGCUGCAACGAUUUUCCUUUAUGACGGUCUAAUGAUGAAUUCUGGAAGGCUGCUGCUGAAUGAAACUUUAAUAGUAGGCACCACUUGUGUAUUACUAUCAACCGUAAUUCUGGUUGCUUAAUUUCUACCUUCUGUAGCCAUUUCGAAACCGGCAUUAGGCCCCAAGAUUCCCGGUUUUUGCUGUGGAGGCACUAUAUGACCGUUUGGUGUUAUGUGUAUUAUUCAAGCAAAUAUCAUGAAGCCUCUUUUAUUGCAGAAGUGAUUUUGAAGACAAUAUAUUAUAUAUCUGCCUGCUA